UAAUGUUAUAAAAAACAACUUGAAAUUUAGUUUUAUGUAGCUUUUAACUUUUUGAUUUUCAUUACUCUUUUGCUAUACAAUUUAUUUUUAAUCCAAUGGGUCGAAAGAUAAUUUCUACUAUCAACUUUCAAAGUAAAAAGGAGGGAAUAAUACAAGAAUUUCAAAUUUGUAGUUGCAAAAAAAUAUUAAAACUAUCUUCGAGUGAAGUAGUUGUUUGCAAAUAUGAGUAUCCACUGAAAAUAAUGAUACCAUCUUCUGCUUCAGAGACCCUUUGUCAAUGGUUGUAUCCAAUAACUUUUGGUGGUGGAUUAGUUGAAGGAGACAGCAUUACAAUUAAUUUGAUAGUCAGUGAAAAAUGUUGCCUAUUAGUAACAUCAUUAUCAUUUCCAAAGGUCUAUCGAUGCGAAAAUAACAUAGAAAGCCAACAAUUUCUGAAAUGUGAUGUUGAAGCUGAUGCCUUACUUUGUGUUCUACCCGAUCCCCUUGUAUGUUAUGAAAAAGCAUUGUAUCUUCAAACACAAACAUUCCAUUUAGCAGAUGAUGCAAAUUUAGUUUUGCUUGAUUGGUUUACAUCUGGUCGAUAUGAGAGAGGAGAAAGAUGGCAGUUUUCAAGAUUAAAAACAGUUUCGACUAUUUACAUAAAUGGACAGCUAUCAUUCAGAGAAGCUCAAGAUAUAAGAAACACACCACUGGUUAGCAUUGAAAGUUCAAUGAAGGCUUAUAAUAUCAUAGGAACUUGUAUGAUAAUUGGGCCUGGUUUAAACUCCCUCUCAAGCUGUAUUCUUUCAAGUAUAGGAAGAUGUAACAGUUAUGGUGAGAAGUCUUGUAAAAACAUACUGAUUUCUGCAAGUCCUCUAUGUUUGAACGAGACAUCUAAGCCGUGUGGCUGUAUCGUUAGAUUUGCAUCUGAAUCAGUAAGCGAUGCUAUCAAAAAAAUUGAAGAGAUACUUCAGCCAUUAUAUGAAAUUAUUGGAGAUAACCCCUUCAUAAAAAAAUAA